UUAACCUACUGUCACUCUCCCAGGGCUACAUGGCAGUGAUGCGAGACAACCCCCUGCCAGAAGACAUGGUUGGCAAGGACAAAAUUGUGUUUGGAAACAUUCACCAGAUUUAUGACUGGCACAAUGAAACAAUGCUCUCAGAGCUAGAGAAAUGCCUUGCAAACCCUGGCAGAGUUGGCUCUAUUUUCAUCCGUUAUGAGCGGAGAUUGUACAUGUAUGUAAAAUACUGCGAAAAUAAACCCAAGUCUGAAUUUGUCGUCUCAGAAUACCUUGACACCUAUUUUGAGGAGGUACGCCAGAAACUGGGUCAUCGACUUAUGCUGCCAGACCUGUUGAUCAAACCAGUGCAAAGGAUAAUGCGCUAUCAAUUGUUGCUCAAAGACAUUCUCAAGUACACAGAAAAAGCGGAAGAGGACCCCACAGAGCUGAAGAAAGCCUUGCGUGUCAUGUGCAUCGUGCCUAAAGCAGCUAAUGAUAUGAUGCAAGUUGGACGUCUGCAAGGCUUUGACGGCAAGCUCACAGCUCAAGGAAAGCUGCUGUUGCAGGAUACACUGUUGGUGUCAGAAGUCUCCUCUGGGGGUCAGCAGAAGUUCAAGGAACGUCGGGUGUUCCUUUUUGAACAAAUCAUCAUCUUCAGCGAGAUGAUAGAGAGAAAGAAAGGAAACUUCUCAAAUGCCUCCUAUAUAUUCAAGAACAGCCUCAAGGUGAACAAAAUGUCUCUGAAUGACCGUGUGGAAGGGGAGCCGCUGCGCUUUCAGCUGACUGACCGAACUCCUGGCUCAGACGUGAGGAUGAUUGUCCAGGCCAACUCAGAGGAGAACAAAGACACGUGGAUCAAGCAGAUUAGAUCUAUACUGGAUAUGCAAGGAGAUUUCCUGAGGGCUCUCCAAUCUCCAAUAGCUUAUCAGAAGGAGCUCACAAAGGAAUUAUCGACGCCGGACUUCAGCAACAGCUCUGGUCCAUCGGACUCGUCGCUGAGAAAAACUCAGUCUCAUCCACUGAACCGCGCUCACAACCUGAGCCCGUCCAAAUCUGUUGCCACCAAAACAAAAUCGGACACAGUCUUUGGAGCAGCGUCCAAAAGUAAAAGUGAUCGCUGCAAAUCGGUGCCGGGCCCGCUCAAUUCAGAGUCUUCUGGCGAAGGCCAGGAUGGGGGUGGGCCGGGGGACAUGUCGGCGUCCUCAUCUGUAGGAAAAGCCUCAUGUCCCAACUCACCGCUCGAGGCCAGCAAAGAUUUUGUGCGGAACACGGCCAGUGACGCGGGAUGGCGGAAAGGCUCCUCCGCUGCCGCCCCUGUCUCCGUGGAGGCCGCGGCCGGCUCUAGCUCGCCCAAACCUCGGAAGACCAUCUUUGACGGGUUCCGCAACACUCUGGGCCGCAAGUCAAAGUCAAGUGACGCCGGCAAAAUGGCAGAUGGCACCUCGCCCCAGUCACCCAGCACCUCCACCGGCGGGCUAGACCCAUCAGCCAUAAAUCUCACAGACGGAGGCAAUUCGGAAGGAAGGACGGCCACUCCAGAAUCUUCAGACGAGGCCACUACUGCAGCAGCGUCUGCAACCGCAGCGGCAGCAGCAGCUACAGCAGCAUCUUCUCUUCCUCCUUCCUCCACGACACGGCCGAUAGUGGAGACCCCUCUGACAAGCGCCCGCAUCCUGUUUGACUACCAAGCUAUCAAGGAGGAUGAGGUGACCGUCAACAAAGGGGAACUGGUGCAGAUCCUCAACAUGAACCACCAGAACAUGUACCUGGUCCACAGACCGGCCAAUCACAACUCUCCCGCAGCCGAGGGAUGGGUGCCCAGUCACAUCAUUGGACCCAGAGAUGGAGAGGGCAGUCUCAACAGGAAAUUCUCCAAGCAAAUGUUCAAGAUCAAGAAGCCCAUGUUCCGCUCCCCUCAGCGCUACGACUCAGACUCACACGACCGACGAGACAUGGAUGGGAUGACCAGCCUGGAGAGAAAGUCCAAAUCAUUGGGCCGGGACGGCAAGCCCAGGGUCAAGCUACUCUCUCCUGACCUGGGCCUGGAGGUGCCUCCCAUUGUCCAACAGCCACUGACCAGCCUGACCGUCCAGGCUGGAGAUAUCGCCACACUGACCUGUCGCUUGUGUGGCCGACCUCGACCUUUGGUCACCUGGCGCUACCAGGACUCACAGGUCAUAGGUCACAGUUCACGGGUCAUGAUGAUGUAUAAUGAGGAAGGUCUGGCUACCCUACAGCUGUCGAAUGUCUCGACCACGGACACAGGAGAGUACUCUUGUGUGGCCACCAGUGAGCUCGGCACUGUCGUCACCCGAGCAAUGCUGUCUGUACUGGACCGGCCAGGGCCCCCCGGACUGCCUGUGAUAAGGAACCAGGUGGGGACGGCCGUACACCUGGAGUGGGCCCCGCCCGUCAACGCUCAGACCAUGGCCUCCAUGAGCUCGGGUGUGCCUGUACAGAUACAGGGCUACACAGUGGAGUACAGGGAGGCUGGUGCCACAGCCUGGCAGUUGGCCAUCCCCUAUGUGCCCAACACUUCUCAAGUCAUUGGCGACCUGGAACCUGGCAUUACCUACCAAUUCCGUGUCAGCGCCAAUAACGCUAUAGGCAUCAGUGAGCCAAGCAAGUCUUCGAACUAUGUGGCCAUACCCAGUGAAUAUGAGCUCAGUGAGAGAGAGGACGCCCCAUGUGUCAUGUGGAAGUCCACUUUUGAGAACGACUUCACUGACCUUGGCGAGAUAGGGAAGGGCAGGUUCUCCAUCGUCCAUCGAUGUGUCCAGAAGUGCUCGGGCCAGGAGCUGGCGGUCAAGCUGAUCACCAAGCGACUGACCAGGAAGGAGGCUGCGGAGAUUGAGUUCAACACGGUGCAGAGUCUGCAGCAGACCAACCUAGUCAAAGUGUUUGAUCUGUACGAGAGCCCAGCCCAUUACCUCAUCAUCAUGCAGCUAUUGGAUCAGGGCCGACUGCUGGAGUUCAUCUGUGGAAAACAUCAUUUUGACGAACUGCUGGCUGCGGAGUACCUGGCACAGCUGCUGGACUGUCUGCAGUACCUGCACAACUGUCGUAUUGCUCACCUGGAUGUGAAGCCGGAGAACCUGAUGGUGGAGGUGUCGCCGACCAUGGUGCUCCUCAAAAUUGUGGACUUUGGCGACGCCCGGCACAUCUACAACAACUACUACAUCCAUCCGAUGAUUGGCCACCCGGAGUUCACCAGCCCAGAGGUGGUCAGCGGCACGCCAGUCGGCCUUCUCACAGAUAUCUGGAGUGUUGGUGUCUUCUUGUAUGUCCUGUUGAGUGGAGUUUCGCCGUUUUUGGACGAGAGCCAAGAAGAAACCUGUUCCAAUAUCGUACGUAAUGACUUCUGCUUCCCUGAUGAGUACUUUGCUGGUAUCUCUCCAGAGGCAAAAGACCUGGUCCGCUUUAUGCUGGUGGAGGAGGUCGGUAAACGCCCUACAGCUCAGGCGUGUCUGGAGAGUGCAUGGAUCAAGAAGGCAGCCAUGCACCGCAGCUCUCCCAUCCGACCCAAGCCCAUCAACAUGACCCGCUUGUCCGACUUCAUUCAGAGGAGGAAGCACCAGAGCGACGCUUUUAUCCUGAAGUCUCUACCCUGAGACAACUCUUACACAAGAUGGCUCCUUACUUAUCAUUAGACAACUCAAGACUUUUUAUCCCUCAAACCUGAUUGGCUGGUUUUCUUACAAAUCUCUACAUCCUUUUCUGUGUACUUCUUGUUGAAGCACCUGUAUGUCAUGAGACUUUUUGACUGUAGCAUCUGACAGAUACAGAGGAGUUUUUUAUUUUAAAUAUUUUUUUGGGGUCAGUUUUGUCUUUGUUUCUUGACUGUGAUGUUUAACGUGAAAAUUCGUGAUACAGUGGAGUGUGUUCUUGAAAGUUUGAGGAAAAACUUUGUGCUUGUUGUAAGGGUCGACUCGAUAAGAAACUCAAGAUUGUCAUGGAAGCUGCUACGAGACAUUCUUGAUUAUUUUACCUUGGCGCAGAGAUGACAGUAUUUGACUUUAUGGGAUACAUUUGAAGACCGAGUGACAGACGUAUUUGGCAGUUGGUUUUUAUGCAUUUAAAUUCAGUAUGCAGAUAAUAUGAGAGACCUUUGAGCAAUUUUUCUGCAUGUUGUAUUUGUUGAGAGUCACUGUGAGGAUGUGGUGCACAAAUAUGUAUUCAUCUUGGUAUCUGGAUUUGUUUUGGUGGAAUGUUGAAGCUUCAUAUCACACUGGUAUAUAUAAGACUUGCUGCCACCUUCAUAUCAGUGGGCAGAUGAUUGUAUGGGUUUCUUUCUUUUAUUUUUUUAAAUAAUUUUUUUUCUUCUUUUUUUUUGGGGUGCGUGAGGCCUGACUUUGCCAAUGAAUGACUGAGUUUAUUUUUGUAUAUUUCUCUAAACUUUUCUCACUGGUGUAAUUACAUUGAAUACAAACUCAUGCUUCUGGACAUACACAUUGUUUACCAAUAACUCAUCUGUAGAAAUUCGCUUUAAGUGUACUUGAAAGUGUUUUGUUCAUUACUGCCACCUGUUGCAGAGAGUGUCUGAUUCGAUGCCUUGAAAAUUUGUUGUAAAUAAUUUUGACUUUCUCCCUGUACACUAGUUUGACUUUCCCACAUUUCCUCUUUCUGUCAGUUCAGUAAUUCAGUUUUCACUUCUGAUACUACUAAGAAGUGAAAGGAAUGCAUGGUUUAGUCUUCAUAAAGCUGUGUAUACUAUACUAGUAAUAAAGUGUGGACUUGGAGCAGUUAUGUGCACUGUGAAAUAACUGUUGAAUGUGAAACUAGGACAGUUAUCUUUACUUCUGGACAGCAGUAGGAAGUUUUGUCUGUGAGGCGUACUAACAAAAUGAGUUACCGCUCGCAAUUCACAAAUGGAAAUAUUAGCUAAAGAGCGAUGCUGAUCUUAACUUUGUAGAUUUUCAAUGGAUGCCAUUUUGUUUAAUUAUAAUAUGAUUUUAAUUUUUUCUUAAUUAUAAACUGUACAAACACUACCUACACAUUAGACUUAUCUAUUUCCAGAGGGCUAAAAUCCAAGAAGUAACUCAUUCUGUCAGCCCGCCUGGCAUAUUGUUAGCCUUUGAUUAUAUUCAUCGCCCUACCAGAUACAGAUAGGUAAUUUUGAUGGCGAAGCUUUUGACACUGAAGUGGUGGGACGGAAGAAGACGAGAUGGUACAACAUGGUACCUAAUGCCAAACGUGUAAAGCUGACAUUAGAUGUUUUCUGUGUAAAUAUUUUGUAUUUUCCACAUGACAAGGGUUGCCCCCCCCCCUCCUGGUGAACAGCAGGCCUGGCCUAUUUAUUUCCCACCAACCUACUGGAGUAGGGCAGUGGAGAGAAGACUUGAGAAGAAUGUUUGAGUUAUGAAUGCUGGUGUUGUGAAUGCAAUGUUUAGAUUUAACUACAAUAAAAGAUGAUGGGCCACACAACUAGACCGUGGGCUACUGUAGCGGAUAAAUGACUUCAGGAACAGAUGACUGGCUAUAAUAAACUGUUGAGUGGCAAUGAUGACUGAUGACUAGCUGCAGUAGCGGAUGGCUACAGUACCACCUUAAAAGAUGACUAGCUACUGUAGCAGGCAAGUGGCUACAAUGCUGCCAUAAGAAAUGACUAGCUGCAGUAGCAGGCAAGUGGCUACAGUGCUACCAUAAGAGAUGACUAGCUGCAGUAGCAGACAAGUGGCUGCCGUACUAUCAUAACAGAUGACUAGCUGCAGUAGCAAACGAUUAACUGCAGAACUGACAAGAGGCUAUGGUUACGGAUGAUUGACAAGAUGACUGUUGACUGACAGCAGUAGCAGGCUGCAGUAACAGAUGACUGGCCACAAUAAGAAGUGGUGGAGACUACCAAUAGAUUAAUAGACAAGUUAGUAACCAGAUUUUAAAAUGUAAAUUCUUAAUGCACAAUUAUUUUGUAAAUUAUUGACCCUAUCUUCACUGAACAUACAUUGUGAAAUGUUAACAUUGUCAACAGUAGCAUACUUUGAAAAAUAUUAUCAGAUUAUCGCAAAAUUUCUUUUAAAAUUGUUAUUAAUUUUAUCUCUCUCUAUCAAUCUUUCAUAGUUUACCGACUUCGAAAUGCAUAUCUAGAAAAAUGAUAACAUUGCAUGUAACUUCAUUAACGUUAUUCAUAAAAUGUGAAUAUUACCACCAGAGACAUCUGAAAGUAUAUAUGUUAAAAUAUUUUCAGUAUGUAGACAUCCUGUAAAAUGUUAACUCUUUCAUCAUAGACAUCCACUCUUUCUCUCGGUGAUGCUCAAUCUACUUAGUUCAUCUGGGGUGCUGCUUGAUGCUUCAUUUCUCCUACUCAGUUCAAAAUUUUUGUGUGAGGUGCAACUUCGGACUCACCUUCUCUUUAAUUCCUUUAAAAGAGACUGCACAAAUAGAUGUUUUAUUCAAGAAUGUAGAGAGACGGAGAUGUACUGCAUUGUUUUCCAUGCUCUGAUUUACUCUUGAAUCGGUGACAUUGUGGGGAAGAUUUCAAGAAAGUGUCGUUAAGCUUGUUUAGAAGAUUUUAGUCAGUAGAAUUCUGGAGGAUGACCUGUCUCUGAAAGUUUACUAUGAGUAUGAUGAUAUACUUUCUUUUCUUAUCGUAGAGAGAUGAGAAUCCAAUGUAGGAGUAUAGAGAAUUUGGACUCAAGACUGUUUCCAUCAACGAGGUAGUUUAUCAUAAGACCAUAAGUUCAGGUCACAAAACAAAGGGUGUGUUUCCAUCUUUUCACUGUCUAGCAGUGUAUAUAUACACACAUUUAUGUUCCCACUAGACAUUUUGCAACCAUUCACCAAUUCACCUGUCAUGUUCUGUCUAUUGACCGUACUUCUGCUCAAUCUGGACUUGUACACAUAUCCCCAAACAUUAGAUGUUCUUAUUGAUCCUUCAACUACCCAUACUUUAGCUGCUAACAUGGGUCCUUCACACACCUGAACAUUAGAUGUCAUCAUGUUUCAGAUUUGGCUUAAUGUAGAAUUUGUUAGCUUUGAUUUGAUGUCACUUUUAUUGCACACUUUUUCAUUACCAUUACUUUUAUGGUGUACAAUACUUUUUCUAUUUGAGGUAAAUCCUAGUGAUUGAAAUAUUUUCAAUCAGUCAGAUCUUCUGUUUUGAGCAAUGACCUUCUUUAAAUACACAUUCACUAUUUACUCUGAAGUCCACUGUGCCGAUAUCAGUACCCCUCCCCUUUCCCAUAUUCUCUCCUAGUUUGGAAGACUGGUUUAUCAUAAUUCUCAUAUUGUAUAAUAAAAAGACUUGCCACUUUUUUCAUCUCCACAGUACAUAGUAGCUCUCAAUAUUCUCAUGUUCUUGUGAAUUAUUUUGAAACAUUUUUUCGCGUCCCAAGAAAAGUAUUUGACUUGGUCUGACACUGCUUUACAGGGUGAAUAAAACAAUGUGGAGUUUCUUCUUUUUUUUUUCUCUUUUUUGCGAUGUAACGAUUUGCAUUCUGAUAACUGGGGACAAUGAUAGUCUUCUCCCUUAGUGGCAAAACUUCACCAAAUUCAUCAAUGUGUGAUAUUUUCGCCCAUGAAGAUCACUGAAAAAUAAGGCCCAUUGUCUUUGUAAGACAGGUUUUCUCUGUCUAUGUCAAAUCCCGUCACACAUGUACAUGCAUAAUACAGUGGAGUUUGCUUAAACAGAGCAUAUACCCCCCCUGGGGCGGAGCUACUGACUCAAGUGUCUUUAGGCCAUUUCUAAGGGGGGGGGGGGGGGGGGGG